UUAUACGGACCAUGCCAAAGUCCGUAUAAAUCAAACAGUGUAUUCUCACUCAGUAGCAUCUAAAUAACAUAUCCUCUCUUUUAUUUUGAUAGUCCGUCUUAACCGUUUGACCUGACUUUGAGUGUAUCCCAGUGUAUAGUCCAGCACGCCAUGCGGACAGGGAGGUAUUGCAGUUUUUUACACAUUUCUGAUACACACGGUGAAUUUUGGCGGGCUGCGUUGUGAUUGGCUGCUUUACGCCCAUGCUACGUGACGUCAUUCCAAGCUCCGUCAACGCGACACGCCCCCUUUUAAAGAGCUGCAGGAUGCCGUGAUCGGAGGAUUAAAAGCACAGGAAAACAUGCAAAGGCGAAGACGCAUUAAUCCCACGGACGAUGCAAAAUUUUAUGCGAGUGCUGGAAGGGACAAAGUGGGACUUGACAUCAGAUACAUCAGUGCCUUUAAAGGUCGUGGUAUCUUCACCUCCACUCCAUUUGAAAAAGGAGAUUUUCUGUUGGAAUAUAGAGGGGAACUAAUAAGUAGGCAAGAAUGUGAGAGCAGACAGAGACUUUACCAUGACAGCCUGAAGGUGUUCAUGUUUGAGUUCCGUUUUAAUGGAAAACUGUGGUGUGUUGACGCAGCAAAAGAGGAUGGGUCACUUGGAAGGCUUGUAAAUGAUGACCAUUUAAAUCCCAAUGCCAAGAUGAAGUACUUGACAGUGGAAGGGAAGCCCCAUCUGUGUUUGUUUGCAACACGUGACAUAAGUCCAGGAGAGGAGAUCACCUAUAAUUAUGGUGAAUCAGACUGGCCAUGGAGAUGCAAGACACUUAAAGAAACAUCUAUGGAGGGGCAUCAGGAUGAGGUGUCCAUAUCGGAGCCCACUACAGGUACUCAAAAGGCAUCAACUAGUCGGAGGCGAAAAAAGGCAUCUAUGGCUGCAUCAACUGGUCAACUGGUUAAAAGCUUUGAUCAGAAUCCUGAUGAGGAAAUACCUCAGGAAAAUUCUGAGACUACAAUUUUGACACCCCUAACUGAAGAUUUUGAAGAGCCAUUGGCUGAGAGCAGUCGGAUCCAGAUAGGUGAAGACCAGAUUCAGACAAGUCCAGGUCCUGGUCCACUCAGCGGGCAUGGAAAGAAUCCUGAUGAGGAAAUACCUCAGGAAAAUUCUGAGACUACAAUUUUGACACCCCUAACUGAAGAUUUUGAAGAGCUAAUGGCUGAGAGCAGUCGGAUCCAGAUAGGUGAAGACCAGAUUCAGACAAGUCCAGGUCCUGGUCCACUCAGCGGGCAUGGAAAGAAUCCUAAUGAGGAAAUACCUCAGGAAAAUUCUGAGACUACAAUUUUGGCAUCCUCAUCUGAAGAUUUUGAAGAGCUAAUGGCUGAGAGCAGUCGGAUCCAGAUAGGUGAAGACCAGAUUCAGACAAGUCCAGGUCCUGGUCCACUCAGCGGGCAUGGAAAGAAUCCUGAUGAGGAAAUACCUCAGGAAAAUUCUGAGACUACAAUUUUGACACCCCUAACUGAAGAUUUUGAAGAGCCAUUGGCUGAGAGCAGUCGGAUCCAGAUAGGUGAAGACCAGAUUCAGACAAGUCCAGGUCCUGGUCCACUCAGCGGGCAUGGAAAGUGUCAAAAUCACCGCCUUGUGUGCGCAACAGUAUCCUCCUUGGACAAAUGCCUUCAGUGUGUGGGACCUGUAGCCUCCUUAAAGUGGCUUGGCUAUAAGUGCAAAGUUUGUUCAGGUGUCUGGCAUAAAACCUGUUUCAGACGAAUUAUAAAUGAAAACCUCCCCCACCAAUCACAGGAGCAACAGCUUUCAAAAUGUUCAGAGGAUGAACUGCUGUCAGAUGAGGAUAGCAUACCACAUUCCAAUGUGGAUCCAAUAUCUGAUGAUGAUCAGGAUCAUUCUGAUGUGGAUUACGUACCAGACUCAGAGUUUCAAGAUGAUGAUGAUGAUGAAGAUUCAGACACAAGUAUACCUUUCAUGCCUAUUCGGUCUAACGGUGGACAGAUUCAGGUAAAACCAGUAAUACCUGAUGCUGGGACAUCUUAUGGGUCAGACACAGGCAUCCCAGUUGUGCCCAGUACAUCAAAAGGUCAAAUGCCCCUUAAAGAAACAUCAGGCUCUGCAAAUUCUAUGAAAACCUUGCCAAAGAAGAAGAAGAAAAAGCUAGAUGAUCAAGCAGAGCCUCACAACCAAGAAUCAACACAUUUGACUAUGAGUACUAAAAAUUACUGUUACAUUUGUGGUCAACCACAAAGCAAAAUUUCUCGCCACUUGAAGACACACACUACACAUGCAGAAGUUGUACAUGUUUUUUCCCUGCCUUACCACUCAAAGGAGCGUAAAAUAAUGUUAGAAAAAAUGAGGAAUAAGGGAAACUUUAGACAUAAUACUGCUGUUUUACAAGGUGGAACAGGCCCGCUGAAAGUAAAGAGAAAACCAAAGGCUAAAGCAGUGGCAGGAAAGUUUGUUCACUGUAUGUACUGUCAAGGGAUGUACCUCCGGAAAGAGCUUUGGAGACAUGCCCGCAGAUGCCCCUGCAAGCCAGAAGAUGGAGAUUUGGAAAAAGAACCUGGGAGGACCAAAGUACUGGGUUUGGCUGUCGCUCAAGAGUCUGCAUCUUGUCACCAGAUCUCAGCUGGAGUUUGGAAGCUCCUUAGUGCCAUGAAACAGGAUGAGGUUGCCUCAGCUGUGAGAAAUGACCUCUCUAUUAUUCAGUUUGCCCAGUCACUCUACAACAGACAUGGACAAGACCCUACAAAGUAUGAAUACAUGCGACAGAAGCUUCGUGAAGUGGGGCGUUUGUUGUUAUGUCUGCGCACAGACUUCUCAGUACAUAACCUGGAGGAGGCUGUUAAACCUGCUAACUUCCAGAGGGUUGUGCAAGCUGUAAAGAAAGUUUCUGGUUUUGAUGAAGAAAAACACUCAUAUGGAACACCAAGCCUUGCAUUGAAAUUGGGGCACACAUUGCACAAAGUUUGUGACAUUAUCCACUGUAGGGCCCUCAUGGCAGAACAUGAAGAACUGAUCAAGUCCACUGACACAUUCAAGAAGUUGUACUCCUCCAAGUGGUCUGAGAUGGUGUCUCACAGUGCCUUGAACACACUGAGUGAUGCAAAGUACAACAAGCCAUCAACUUUACCCUUCACUGAGGAUGUUCGCAUUCUUCACCAGUACCUUGAGAAAUCUGCAGAAAGUGCCUUUUGCAACUUAAAGGAGAAGGCCACGACUCAGAACUAUGCACAACUUGCAAAAGUUACACUUGCACAAAUCAUUGUGUUCAAUCGAAGACGAGCUGGGGAGGUUUCAAAAAUGCGCCUCAAAAGUUUCCAUGAAAGAGACAACACAAAGCUCCAUGAAGAUGUUGCCAUGGGUUUGUCAAAGACUGAACAGAAGCUUUGCAACUAUUUCAGCCGAAUCGAAAUCAUGGGGAAAAGGGGCAGAAAGGUUGCAGUUCUGCUAACACCAAGGAUGGUGGAUGCUCUCUCACUACUGACCAGUCAAAGGACUGAGUGUGGUGUUUGUGCCACAAAUAUCUUCCUGUUUGCAAGACCUAAAUCAAUGACCCAUUACAGAGGGCAGGACUGUUUGCGUGUUCAUGCAAGCCAGUGUGGAGCAAAGCACCCUGAGCAUCUCAGGUCGACACAACUAAGGAAACAUGUUGCAACACUCUCUCAGGUCCUUAAUUUGAAAAACAAUGAACUUGAUCAGGUCGCAGAUUUCCUGGGACACGACAUCCGUGUUCACCGCGACUUCUACAGAUUACCAGUUCCCACAACACAGCUGGCCAAGAUUUCUAAACUGCUUUUAUCAAUGGAGAAAGGACAUCUUUCCAGCAUGCAGGGAAAAUCCCUGGAUGAGAUUGAAAUAGAAGGUGAAAUCGCAUUAAGUGACACUGAGGCCAAAGACAGUGACAGUGAAUCUGAUGGCAGUGGCACAGAAUUCACAGAGUGUGACACUAGUGAGGCUGUGGAUGCUGCAACCGACUCUACAGCUACGGAGCAGGUCCAUGAUGCUGCAGAUUUAGAAGCAGUGUCAUCAGUGACGUCCACAGUGAAUGAGACUGCCCCUCUCUCUGAAAGACAAGAUGCUGGUCAAGACCAUGAGUCCAGAAGAGUGCCAAAGAAAGUGUGGUCUAAGCCUGAGGUUGCUGCAGUUAUGCGGCAUUUCAGAGGUCACAUUUGUAAAGGAAAACUGGCCACCAAAAAUGAAUGUAGUCAUUGCAAGCUGGUAGAAGGCCUUGCAUUAGCACAAAGAACAGUGCAAAAUAUAAGGGACUUUGUCAGAAACAGAGGAAUAGCUGCAAAGAGACAGUCACAGAAAGAGAAGCUAUAAAUCCACAGGGUUCACAGUUGUUCAGUAUGUUAUGGUUAUGUUGAUACCCUAAUAUAUUCAAUAAUGCCACCUGUUAAACAUGGGUCGUUAUAAAUAAGAGAAUAUUUUAGCAUAAAGCUUUUUUUUUUGGAGUUGUGGCUCUUGUGUGGCAGGCUGCUAGUUGCCUGUGGGUUUGGUUUUUGUUGACAAAGUGACUGACUAUGUGUGAGGUAUGUUUUUGUUAAGUGCUCUGACACUUUUUUAUUUUCACACAGUGAUGUUUAUUUCACUAUUUGAUAUGUUGAUACGAUAUACAUAUAUAUAUGGGCAGUAUUCUUACUUAAGAGCAGUUUAUUGAUAAUAAAAUGACUGUCCUGUUAA